CGGGGCCUGGUGGAGCAGGGACGGCAUAUGGGCGGGGCCACAGGCUGGAAGCUUCCCCCUCUGCCCAUGGUAGCCACCUCCUAUCCACCUGGCCUUCCUCUCCGAGGAGCCGGGAAGUGUUCCACUUCUCCAAACGGCACCCACUCUGGGUGCAACUGACCCCCCGCUGGCCCCUGGGGCAUGUGCAGUAUUGCAGUGAGGUGCACUGAGUUGUGCCUACAGGCGGAGGCUCUGCUAGUGGCUCUUUGGUAAGCUCAUAAAUGUGUCCCUCUGUCCAGCACCCCCUGCUGGGGCAGAAGCAGAAGAAGGCGCGCCAGGAGCCCACGCUGGAAGCCAAGCCCAAGAAAUUGAAAGUGAAAAAGUUGGACGCCCAGAGCCCCGCAGAGGAGCCCAGUGCCCCCUCUCAGACUGUCAGGAGACUGCGGAAGAAGAAGGAGGAGAAAGGGGAGGAGGAGAGCGAGAAGCAGCCCUAUCUCAAAUCCACCAAAGAGCCCAGGAAGAAGAAAGAGAGUCCCGCCUUGCACGUCAGUGUGGCCAAAGCCUCUAAGAAGAAGCAGGCCGACUCGGAGGAGGAGGAAGAGGAGGAGGCGGAGAAUGACGACCCACCCAAAAAGCCCAAAAAGAAACCGCCCAAAGACAUCCCAGCUAGAGAGAGCAAGGAGAGAAAACCCAAGCUGAGAGGUCAGCAGCAGGGGAAGGGACUGCAAUGUGGAGGAGACAGAAGUGAGGGCGAUGCCAAGACCCGAGCUGCAAAGCCCACGAAGAAGGAGCCGACAUCUAUGUUCCAAGUGAGCGGGGACAAGAAGGAGAGAAAAGGCAAAAAGAAAGCCGCAGCCGUCAUGAGCAGCGAGGCGGAAGACGACUCGGAUUCCAGCACCAAGCCAAUCAAACCCGACCCGAAAAGGGACACAGCUUCCAUGUUCCAGGCAGGCGGUGACAGCCACAGGGAGAAGAAGACCAAAAAGAAAGCUCUCCCCAAAGCCACCGGAGAGCAGAGCGAGGGGGAGGCCUCGGAGAGCCCUCCGAAGAACUCCAAUAAGAAAGGGAAAGGAAAGAAGGCCAAGAAGAAGGAGGAGAGGCCGCCUUCCCCUGUCAUCGAAGUGGACAGCCUGGAGGACUUUGUGCUGCAGCCGGCUCCUCAGGGCGUGACCAUCAAGUGUCGGGUCACUCGAGACAAGAAGGGGAUGGACCGGGGCCUCUACCCUACGUACUACCUGCACCUGGACAACGAGAAAAAGGUGUUCCUGCUGGCUGGUCGGAAGCGGAAAAAGAGCAAGACCUCAAACUACCUGAUUUCCAUUGAUCCCACUGAUUUGUCCCGAGGUGGGGAGAACUUCAUUGGGAAGCUGAGAUCCAAUUUAAUGGGGACUAAGUUCACCGUGUUUGACAAUGGAGUGAACCCCGACAGAGCGAACGCCGACUGGUCCAACGUGCGACAGGAGCUAUCGGCCGUUGUGUAUGAGACAAACGUUUUAGGGUUCAAAGGACCCCGGAAGAUGACCGUGAUCAUCCCUGGAAUGAAUUCGGACAAUGAGCGGGUACCAAUCCGGCCCCGAAACGAUAACGAUGGGCUCCUUACGAGGUGGCAGAACAAGAGCAUGGACAACCUCAUCGAGCUGCACAACAAGGCCCCAGUAUGGAAUGACGAGACCCAGUCCUACGUCCUGAACUUCCACGGCAGGGUCACCCAUGCCUCCGUCAAGAACUUCCAGAUCGUGCACAGCGAUGACCUUGACUACAUUGUGAUGCAAUUUGGCCGGGUGGCAGACGAUGCUUUCACCAUGGACUACAACUAUCCCCUGUGUGCUGUGCAGGCUUUUGCCAUUGCUCUGUCCAGCUUUGAUGGGAAGCUGGCCUGUGAAUAAUACACCGAGGAGCCCUACACACCCCUGCUGUACUGAGCUUAGCUCACUCAGAGAGGCAGCGUUGCCAAGUGGAGUGGCUGAGCGAGGCAGGAGUUUGCCUACAACGUGAGGAUCCAAGCUGACAAUCGAGAACCUGCGGCUGGUCUGGUGUUACUAAUGACACCUGUGCACAUCUGGAGACUGUGACCAAGUGGAAUCAUUAACUGUAACUAUGUACCAGGUUUUAACAGGUCAGAUAUCACAGUCACCAUUCCAUCUGCCCUGCCUUCCACCCUGAAGGAACAGAUGGCCACAAGCACUGCAGAGAUGCUCUGGUGGGUUGGAUUGUAACUGCAGAAUCCCACCGUACUUUGUGUAGUCUUAUCUCCAUCGAGUCUCUGAUGGGUCAGAACUGGCCACUGGCCCCAGUCCAUAAAGCAGAAUCUCUCCCUCUAUGUACUUAGCAGACAGUUACUCUGAUUUCAUCCUGCCAGGACGUUCCUGGGACUCCUGGAAAAGUGUUGAGUUUUUAGAUUCUCUUUUGUAUAUUGUAGCAUUAGGUUUAAAUGACAAAGGCUGAAU